UCCCUGUCCCUCCCUCCCCUCACCCUCCGCCCGGGCGGCAGCAGCAACGGCCGCCGCCGCCGCAGCAGCGUGAGGGGGCUCCGGCGCGAUGGCGGCCACGGCGGGCAGAUCGCUGCCGCUCCUCCUCUGCCGCCGCCCCGCCGCGCUGACGGCGGCCGGUUGCUUCCCGGCGCUGGGGCGGCGCCGCCAGCAGCAGCGACACAGGACGGUGCAUCAGAGGCUUUCUCCUUGGCAGAGCGUGAGAGUGGUCUAUUGCAGUACAGUAGUGCCCUCUGAUGAAGUGACGGUGGUUUACCAAAACGGGUUACCUGUGAUCUCUGUAAAUCUUCCAUCCCGGCGUGAACGUUGCCAGUUCACGCUUAAACCCAUCUCGGACUCCGUCGGUGUGUUCUUACAACAGCUGCAAGCAGAGGACCGAGGAAUUGAUCGGGUUGCAAUCUACUCAGCAGAUGGCACACGUGUCGCCUCCUCCACAGGCAUAGAUUUACUUCUGCUGGAUGACUUCAAACUGAUCAUUAAUGAUGUCACGUACCAUGUUAGACCACCAAAGAGAGAGCUCUUAAGCCAUGAAAACGCAACGAUGCUGAAUGAUGUCAAGACAUUGGUUCAGCAGUUGUAUACCGCCUUGUGCAUUGAGGAGCACCAGCUGAAUAAAGAGAAGGAGCUGAUAGGGCGACUAGAGGAAUUGAAGGAGCAACUAGCACCACUAGAAAAAGUAAGGAUGGAGCUCAGCAGGAAAGCAGAGAAGAGGACAACCUUGGUGUUGUGGGGAGGCCUGGCCUACAUGGCCACUCAGUUUGGGAUUCUGGCCCGCCUCACCUGGUGGGAAUAUUCUUGGGACAUUAUGGAACCAGUCACCUAUUUCAUCACCUAUGGUAGUGCCAUGGCAAUGUAUGCUUAUUUCGUAAUGACUCGCCAGGAAUAUGUUUAUCCAGAAGCUAGAGACAGACAGUACUUAUUAUUUUUCCAUAAAGGAGCCAAAAAGACACGAUUUGAUCUAGAGAAAUACAAUCAACUCAAGGAUGCAAUUGCUCAGGCAGAGUUGGACCUUAAGAGGCUUCGAGACCCACUGCAGGUUCACCUGCCCAUCCAGCAGAUUGAGGAGAAGGACUGAUCAGCAAAGAAGCUCUGAACCCCGGCAAAAAACCUGUUCAUAGCUCUUGCCUUUUUAAUUAAAGCAUUGCAGGUGGAAGCUGGGAGGUGGUGUGGGGGUGAAGGGUUUUUACCUUUAAUCAAGACAAAGGACUGUAGGGGGAAAAUCUCUUAAACCUUGAAGAUGGGACGUUGUGGAAUGUUAGUUCUGAAAAGGGCUUGGCAAAUAGUCACAUUUAAAAACCGUCUGAAUGGCAAUUGUGUACAAAUACAGGAUUGGGGGGGUUCAUGAAAAGAAUGUAAUGCUGGGGGUGCAGGGGUGUCUUCUUCCAGCUUUGCAGGGUCUGCCUCUUGAUAAGACACCAGCAGCCUGCUUAGCUUUUUAAAGUUUCCUUUACCUGAUUCCGAUCUCUCUUUCUCUUUCAAUAAAAAUAAAGGAGAAAAAAAAUAAAAGGAGCAAAGAAUCCAAGCCACCUGGAGCUAUGGCUGGUGAUCAGAACUUGCACUCCACCGCCAUUAACACGCACACUUCUGGUCAGCCCUGGUCUCUUUUCUAAGGUUACUACGAGACUGCUUUCUACUGGAAAACCGUGAGCUUCCCCUUCCCAGCCCACCCCAUGUGCUCCACUGCCUUCCUCCUUAUUUGUAGCACAGACUGGUUGUAGCCAAGUGAGAGAAGGAGCGAGUUUCCUUCCGGACAUUUGAUAAUUGAUGUUUUGGAUUAUUCCAUAAUAACUACAUAAACUUUGCAUCCCAGUGCCCUUGAGCUCCUUCUGGAAAUCAGUGGCAGCAUCGCAUGAGAGGUUUUUUUUCUAUUCAGUCUUAAGGGAGGGAUAUUUCCCCUCUUCCUGCCCCAAAUCUGAUAGCCACCUGGACUAUGAAAUUAUGAAGGUUUAGAAGAUUAUAAAACUGUUGCAGAAUCAUGAUUCCUGCUUAAAUGAACAGUUUUGGCACAUGGAAUAAUUAAACUUAAUAUUUGACUGCUUGUGUACCAGGAUAGAAGGUCUCAAAGACUGUCAAAGCAUUUUCCUUGCCCAGAGGCUUUUUGAAAGCCCGGGGCUCUUACAGUGCAGGACACAGAACUACUUCAGUUCUCUAGAACGUUCCCCUAAUUAAGUAGCUUUAAAUGAACUUUGCACCCACAGGUCAGAAUUUCUUAGGAGGGGCUAAUGACAUUUCUCGUUCUUAGCUAAAAGAAAUAGAGGAAGGAAAGUGAACCCGUUGCCCUCUCCUCUAGCCAAGGCUGGCUGAUUUCUAAGCAGAUAAAACAUCUCUUCAUUCAAAGCAGGUCAGUCUGUUUUAGCAUCCUGCUGAUAAAUACUGUGGAGACAGGAUGAAGGUGGGAGAAGGGCACUGAGCUUUAUCUACAGAAAGACUGGCUGCUUUUUUGAUGUUUCACUACUACUCCUCACUGUGUCAUGGAAAAGAGGCUUCUGUUUGGGUUUUGUUUUGUUGUUUUUGUGUUGUUUUUUUCUUUUUUUUAAAAAAAAAAAAAAAUGCUAGGAAAGAAAAAAACAAAUCAGUAUUAACUAGACUCCAGGUGCCUUGCAGAUGUGGAAACACAGCUGGGAUUGCUGCCUCUUCUCACUCAAUGGCAUGUUGGACCGAAUGGGUGCAUGUUCCUAGUUUUUUUUUCCCCCUCCUUCUUUUCCUCUGUCUUUCAAUUGAUUUACAUUGUGUGAUUAUUUUUUUAAUCUGUUUUAUCCUGUUUGUGUGGUGAGUUUUAAGGGGAAAAAAAUGAACACAAUCCUGUAGCUGAAUCCUUGGUGUGUGUUUGGGAUGAGGGAGGGAGCAUGGAGAAAAGUCCUUCUUUAAAAGAAUUCUGAACAUGUGUAAAAUCCUGUAUCAUUUAUGAAAUAUGUAUAAAAGAGCAAUGUACUUCUGGAACAAUAAAUAACUAUUCAAUUUUUGAA